GCGAGCCCUGUCCCUCUAUAAAAAGGCAAAGAGUAGCCCAGGAGCCAUCACGGACUCAGAGGAGACAGUCUCUGAGUAACGCUCCUGCAACACCUGGCUGCCAAGCUCAGGAGAGAAGGAUGAAGUUCGCUCUCCAUGCCGCGCUGUCCUUGGGGAUAUUGGUGCUCUGUCUUGCUGACCCUCCAGCCCAAAGUCCCGUCCGAUGGUGCACAAUAUCCGAUCCAGAGCAGAAGAAAUGUGUGGAACUGAAGACGAAAAUGUCCUCAACCCCUUCAUUAGACUGUGUGAAGAAAACAACUUACUCUGACUGCAUAAAAGCCAUUGCAGAGAAUGAAGCAGAUGCCAUUAGUCUGGAUGGUGGCCACAUUUUCGAAGCACACCUUGCCCCGUAUAAUCUGAAGCCUGUUGUGGCUGAGGUCCAUGGCACAGGAAAAGAUGCGGCCACCAGCUACUAUGCUGUGGCCGUGGUGAAGAAAGGAACCGGCUUCACAAUAAGGGAACUUAAAGGGAAGAAAUCCUGCCACACAGGGUUGGACAGGUCUGCUGGCUGGGUCAUUCCCAUUGGGACCCUCUUGUACCAUCAAACCCUAUCCUGGGAUAGAGCCACUCCCAUAACCCACGCUGUGGCCCAGUUUUUCUCAGCCAGCUGCGUCCCUGGUGCCCCCGCAAAUGAACCAAAUCUGUGCCGCUUAUGCCUUGGGACAGGUGCUCAGAAAUGUUCCCGUACUGGGCCUUAUUCUGGCUAUUCUGGAGCCUUUCAGUGUCUGAAAGAUGGAGCUGGAGAUGUAGCUUUUGUCAAACACACAACUGUUCUAGAAAAUGACCCAAGUGAGAAAGACAAGUAUGAGCUGCUGUGUGAAGAUGGUUCCCGGAAGCCUGUAGAUAAGUAUCAUGAGUGUCACUGGGCCAAAGUUGCUGCUCAUGCUGUUGUGACUCGAAGCGUUGAUGGCCGGGCUGAUGAGAUCUGGAGCUUCCUCUCUCAGGCGGAGGCAAAGUAUGGCAAGAACUCAAAAGAGAGCUUCAAACUCUUCAGCUCUCCUUAUGGGAAAGAUCUGCUUUUUAAGGAUUCUGCUACCAAUUUUAUCCGUGUCCCUCGACUGAUGGAUGCCCAAUUCUACCUGGGCUACCAGUACUGGGCUGCUAUUCAGAGUCUCAGGCCAGUUGCUUCCCGAGAAACUCCUGAAGCCCCUUUGAAGGUGAAGUGGUGCACAGUAAGUAAGGAUGAAAAGGCCAAGUGUGAUGAAUGGAGUGCAGUGAGCGGAGGCAGCCUGGACUGUGCAGUGGCAGAAACCACAGAGGACUGCAUUGCCAAGAUAACGAAAGGUGAUGCGGAUGCCAUAAGCUUGGAUGGAGGUUAUGUCUACACGGCUGGUACAUGUGGUUUGGUGCCAAUCAUGGGAGAAUACUACGGGGAUGACGUUACACGAUGCCAGAAUGAAGGAGCACCUGGAGAAACUUAUUAUGCUGUGGCUGUGGUGAAGAAAUCCAACCCCAGUAUCACCUGGAAGAACCUGCGUGAUAAGAAGUCUUGUCAUACAGCUGUUGGGAGAACUGCUGGCUGGAAUGUCCCCAUGGGCUUGAUUCACAAUGAAACCGGGAGCUGCGACUUUGAUAAGUUCUUCAGUAAAGGCUGUGCUCCUGGAUCUCCACUUACCUCACCACUCUGCGAGUUGUGUGUGGGCUCAGGCAGCAGCCUCCCACCAAAUUACAUAUGUGCCGCCAACAGCAAUGAGAGAUACUACGGAUACAGUGGGGCCUUCCGGUGCCUGGUUGAGAAGGGAGACGUGGCCUUUGUUAAGCACACAAUUGUCAGUGAGAACACCGAUGGACAUAAUAAUGCUGACUGGGCAAAGGGGCUGAGAAGUGACCAAUUCGAGUUGCUGUGCCGGGAUGGAAAUCGCGCCCGUACUGAAGAAUACAAGAAAUGCCACCUGGCUCUAGUUCCUGCCCAUGCUGUGGUCACACGUCCAGACAGAGCAACUGCUGUCCGUGAGAUGCUGAUAAACCAACAGGCAUUGUAUGGAAGCCGUGGAUCUCAGAAAGCUAUCUUCCAGAUGUUUCAGUCUGAAACCAAGGACCUUUUAUUCAAGGAUUCCACCACGUGCCUGAUUCAACUCUCCAGAGGAACAACCUAUGAGCAGUACCUGGGAAAAGACUACUUUGAUUCUAUCUCUAGUCUCAAUAAGUGCUCACCAUCAGAACUCCUCCAGGUCUGCAGCUUCAGCCCCGCCUACUGGCCAGGCCAGAAGCUGGAUCUUGGCCGUGGCACGGUGCGGCGCUCUGACGGCGCAGGCCACGACUGGGGACACGUGGCUAUCAGCGCGGGGCAGGGGAUGGCGUCGGAGGGCGACCAGCGAAGCGGGCUGCAGCCCUACCUGGACUCGCUGCGGCAGGAGCUGCAAGUGCCGGACUCGACCCUGCUCUCGGUGCUGCUGGCGCUGCUGGCCGUGGCCCUGACCCUGCUGAUUUGGAAACUUAUCCGGGGCAGGAAGAGCAGCCGGAGAACGGUGCUUCUGGUAGGCCUUUGUGACUCAGGAAAAACACUGCUGUUUGUCCGACUGUUAACAGGCACUUACCGAAACACCCAGACCUCCAUAACUGAUAGCUCUGCUGUUUACAGAGUCAGUAAUGACAAGGGCUCUAGUGUGACGCUGAUUGACCUCCCAGGCCAUGAGAGCUUGCGACUUCAGUUCUUGGAGAAGUUCAAAGCUACAGCUAGAGCGAUCGUGUUUGUCGUGGACAGCGUAGCGUUCCAGCGGGAGGUGAAGGAUGUGGCAGAGUUCCUGUACCAGGUCCUGACUGACUGCACUGUGCUGAAAAACGCUCUGCCACUGCUGAUAGCCUGCAACAAGCAAGAUAUCACGAUGGCAAAAUCGGCCAAGCUUAUUCAGCAGCAGCUGGAGAAAGAACUCAACACCUUACGAGUGACUCGCUCAGCUGCCCCCAGCACCUUGGACGGCUCAACCUCCAGUGGGACUGCUCAGCUGGGGAAGAAGGGCAAGGAGUUUGACUUCUCACAGCUGCCCAUGAAGGUGGAACUGGUGGAGUGCAGUGCCAGAGGCAGCAAGGCAGAGGAAGGCAGUGCUGACAUCGAGGACUUGGAGAAAUGGCUGGCCAGGAUUGCCUGAAAGCAGGCGGGAAGGAGGGAGGCGGAAACUAAUGAUAAAGGCAUUUGGCAUCUGAUAUGGAAGUACUGAUGGGAAGGGGUGGGGCCCAAAAUGUAAUCUUGUUAUGGAAAGAACUUCAGGCAUGCGCCGGCAGUAAAUGCACUGUUACUUGCA